AUGUCGGCUCAGGGACGAUUUCCGGCGAGUCCGCCGGUUUCUUCAUCGCCGGCGUCUUCCUCAUCGCCGAGUUCUCAGUCACCGUCGACUCCUGAUCUAAAGCAACGAGUCAUCGCCUGUCUCAACAAGCUCGCUGACCGUGACACCUUAGCUCUCGCCACGGCGGAGCUUGACUCAAUCGCCAGAAACCUCACUCACGACUCCUUCUCUUCUUUCCUCAACUGCAUCCACAACACCGACUCUUCGUGUAAAUCUCCGGUGAGGAAACAGUGCGUCGCCGUCUUGUCGCUCAUGUCUCGCUACCACGGCGACUCUCUCUCUCCCCACCUCUCUAAGAUGGUCUCCACCGUCAUCCGCCGUCUCCGAGAUCCGGAUUCCUCCGUGCGCUCCGCUUGCGCCGCCGCGACCGCGGACAUGUCCGCUCACGUGACGAGUCAGCCGUUCUCCUCCGUCGCGAAACCGCUCAUCGAGACGCUGAUCCAGGACGGCGAUUCGAACGCGCAGAUCGGAGCGGCGAUGUGCUUGGCUGCGUCAGUGGAAGCGGCGUCGGAUCCUGAAUCGGAGCAGUUGAGGAAAUCUCUGCCUAAGAUUGGGAAGCUUCUCAAGAGCGACGGCUUCAAGGCCAAAGCCGCGCUGUUGAGUGCCGUGGGUAGUAUAAUCACCGCCGGCGGCGCGGGAACUAAACCGGUUCUGGAUUGGCUGGUUCCGGUUUUAAUCGAAUUUCUGAGCAGCGAGGAUUGGGCGGCGCGGAAAUCUGCUGCGGAGGCGUUGGGUAAAGUUGCGACGGCGGAAGAAUUGGCAUAUCAGUACAAGAAAGCUUGCACCACGGCUCUUGAGAGCAGAAGAUUUGACAAGGUGAAAAGUGUGAGAGAAACAAUGAAUCGAACAUUGAAUCAGUGGAAGGAAGUUUCAAAUGAUAUCGACGAAGCUACAUUAUCUCCAUCUAGAUCUUCCACUGAUGAUGGCAUUGGAUGCUUUAGCUCAGUCACGAGAAGCUCAAGCAUUGAAGUUGGUUACAAUAAUAAGUCAUCGAGGCCAAAGAAAGCAACGCCUAGAAUGAAGAGGUCCCCAUCUUUGCCUGUGAAUAGAUCGAACGCAGCAGCUACUAGACAAAAGGAGAAUCUUCCAAAAGGGAAUGUGACCAUGUUUGUAGCAGCAGCAGCUUCUAGUUUGGAUAACAAGGGACCACAAUGUGUACCGGUAAAGCAAGACUCUUUGGAAAAUCGGACUUGUAAAGUCGUGGAAGAGCCGGAGGAGGAGGAGGAGGGAUCAGAUGUAAUCAAAUAUACAAUCUCCGAGAGAAGAGGGGAAGUUAAAGCACAUGGCUUCUCAAGGGUUGCACCUUGCAGUGACGAUGGUGAUUCUGUUGCCAAGAAUGGUAAAGAUGAUGUUGAUGAGAACAAGAAAGACAGUGAAGAACUUUCUUUGAUAAGAGAACAGCUUGCUCUCAUUGAGAACCAGCAGUCUAGUCUCUUAGACCUACUUCAGAAAUUCAUGGGAAGCUCACAGAGUGGGAUCCAAUCGCUGGAGUCUCGAGUAAGCGGUCUAGAGAUGGCUUUGGAUGAAAUAUCAAGCGAUCUUGCGGUUUCAAACGGGAGAGUGCCUAAGAGCAGUAGUAGCUGCGGAGGAGAGAGUUGUUCAAAGCUACCUGGUAAAGAUUUCUUAAGUCCCAAGUUCUGGAGAAAAACAGAGGAGAGACCACAAGUGCAAACACGGAUCAGAAAUAACAACACAGACGACAGUGAAAUGGCUGCGCAAGAGAACAGUUUUGACCAAAGGAUGCAAGAAGAUGCGAACAACGGGAGCCAAAGAGGAGAUUCGGUUUUUCAAAAGAAGAGAGCAUCAAGAAACCAGUUCCAAGGCUCUAUGCAUACAACACUACAGAAAGCAACCACCAGAGUAUCUACUUGA